CAACGUGCGACCGGACGCGACGCGGUAGCUACGGAUUUCUGAAACCGGCGAGACAGCGUAACAACUCUCCCUCCAGGCUCCAGCAGCCUCCACUCACUGCCGCUGCUGCCUGCUGCUACUUGAAGCGAAAAAGAGAUCCCCAGCUGGGCUUGUGACGAGCCAACCAUCCCGCACAAGAGGAGCUGACCUUGCUUCCUUUCUUCUUCUUCUUCUUCUUCCGUCUCCAUCCCCUCCCCUCCCCUCGCUGAUCGAUUCCACCCCCUCGCGCACACGAAUCGCCGAGGCAGAAGAAAGCCACUCCGGGGAUGAAGUCCAUGGGCAGCCGAGACAAGCUGCAGGCGGCGGCGGCGGCGUCGGGCCACCGGCGCGUGCUGCUCCUCGUCUUCGCCUCCUGCUUCGCCUUCGCCACGCUCUUCACCUUCCUCUACACCUCCGACCACUUCACCUCCGGUUCCUCCCCCUCCGGCGUCUCGCGCUACAGCUCCGCCUCCAGCUCCAUCUCCGGCGCCGGCGCCGGCGGGGCGCUGCCGCUGCCGGUGUUCGAUGCGCUGGUCCACUACGCGUCCUUCUCGAACGCGACGCACCGGAUGACGGACACGGACAUCCGGGCCAUCUCCGCCAUCCUCCGGGCCAGGGGCCCCUGCAACCUCCUCGUCUUCGGCCUGGGCGCCGAGUCCCCGCUCUGGCUCGCCCUCAACCACGGCGGCCGCACCGUCUACCUCGACGAGAACGAGUUCUACGUGAAAUACCUCGAGCCGCGCCACCCGGGGCUCGAGGCCUACGACGUCUCCUACACCACCAAGGUCCGCGACUUCCGGGACCUCCUGGCGGCGGCCCAGAAAUCACGCGCCGCCGAGUGCCGCCCCGUCCAGAACCUCCUCUUCUCCGAGUGCCGCCUCGCCAUCAACGACCUCCCCAACGAGCUCUACGACGUCGCCUGGGACGUCGUGCUCGUCGACGGGCCAUCCGGGUGGAACCCGUCGUCGCCGGGCCGGAUGCCGUCCAUCUUCACCACCGCCGUCCUCGCCCGCUCCGGCGCGAAAGGCCGCCCCACCGACGUGCUCGUCCACGACUUCAACUUCGAGGUCGAGCAGGUGCUCAGCAAGGAGUUCCUCUGCGACGAGAACCGCGUCCAGGGCAGCGGCACGCCGUCGCUGGGCCACUUCCUCAUCCGCGCCGGCGGGCCCAAGGACUCCUUCUGCUCCGGCCAGGACAGCGCCGCCGCGGCGUCAUCCGGGGAGAAGACUCGCAAGUAAUCGAAAUCUCGUCGCGACACGAUUAGCAGCUUCCCCCUUUUCUCCUCUUCUAAUUUCCCCCCCCCCCCCCCCCCCCUCCUCGGCUCGAUCUUCACUUGUUAUUAUUAAUUUUCUUCUUUUGUUACAUAUAUAUAUGUUUUGUUUUUCUAUUUUUUGGAGACCAAUAAUUGUAACAAAAGGCUUCCAAAGUGUAACAACCGUGACUAUAUGAUUGCCUCGAAAAGAAAAUAGAGGCUGGUUUACACUUCACACUUACA